GUUUUCGAGUCAGGUGAUGGCGAGUCCACAACUUUCGAUUUCAGUUUUAUAAUAAGCAUAUGUAAUAGACAGGGACCAUGGGGCAGAGGGAAAGCUAUCCGAAACUGACAGACUGUGUCAGAGGUGAACACGCACAUGAAGACCAAAUGCUGGCCGUUACACCACCGAAAAAAGACUAUAAACAAGCGUAUAAACGCACUGAAGCUGAAAAAAUAAGGCUGCAACAACAAAAGGAGGCAUUAGAACGAAGGUUAGGUAAACUGAUGUCCGCACUAUUACUCGACAGCAACCCUGCCAUUACUGACCUGAGCGACCCCAACCGGUCGACAAAACUUGACGACCAGUUCUCGAGUCUCUAUAUCCAUGAGUGGAUGGAGGCAUACAUGUGUCUACAAGACCUCCAUUUUUCACAACAGCAUAUAAUUCAAAUACUUUUAGACGUUUUGAUGUUUUCGUACGAGUUUUGUCGCUUCAAAUUAGAGGGGACAUGGAUAUUCGUUCAAAAAUGGUUUCUUGUAAAGGAUUCUUCAUCAGUUGAAACAAUCAAGGCCCUUAAAGAUGGAAGGAAACAAAAUAUAUUAAAACAUAUACCAGAAAUACAAGAGGAAUUUUACUUGGAAGUACGUGAAUUAUUUAAAAGCAACAAGAGAUUGACCGACUUGAUAAACAAAAUGAAAGUGCAGAGCUACAUAAAUAAAUGCAUUAAGUUGUGCCUUAUGAUGAACGCCUGUGAUCCACCGGUUUUUCUAGAAAUACCGGAAUGGAAACCGCUCAAAGAACGUGGAGGGGAUAAACAAGAAAGCAAAGAUACCGAAGGCGUUACAACAAACAGUAGCAUAGAAGAGAUUGGAGAUGGUAGACAAGAUAUAAAAGAUACCAAAAGUGUUCAAAAACACAGAAGCACUGAAGAGAUUGGAGAUGGUGGACAAGAUAUCAAGGAUAAUACAGCCGUUACAACACACAGUAACAUGGAAGAGAUUGAAGGUGGUGGACAAUUUAUCAAAGAUAUCAAAGGCGAUACAAUUUUCCGUAACACGGACGAGAUUGAAGAUGUUGGACAAUAUAUCAAAGAUAACAAAGGAGUUACAACAGAAAGUAAGGCGGAAGAGAUUGGAGGUGGUGGAAAAUAUAUCAAAGAUGCAAAAGGCGUUACAAGAGACAAUGAAACGGAACCGAUUGGAGGUUGUGCACAAAAUAUCAUAGAUGAUAAAGGCAUUACAAGAGAGAGUAUCACGGAAGAGAUGGAUGGUGAUGGAAAAUAUAUCAGAGAUGGCAAAGGCGUUACAACUGACAGUAACACGGAAGAGAUCGGAGACGAGGGACAAUAUAUCAACGAUAACAAAGGCCUUACAACAUACAACGAAACGGAAACAAUUCGAGUUUGUGGACAUGAUAUCAAAGAUGACAAAGGCGUUACAAGAAACAGUAUCACGGAAAAGAUGGGAGGUGGUGGAAAAGAUAUCAGAGAUGGCAAAGUCGCUACAACAGACAGUAACACGGAAGAGAUCGGAGAUGGUGGAAAAGAUAUCAAAGAUGCCGAAAACGUCAAAACAGACAAUGAAACGGAACCGAUUGGAGGUUGUGGACAAGAUAUUAAAGAUGACAAAGGCGUUACAAGAGAUAGUAUCACGGAAGAGAUGGAUGGUGAUGUAAAAUAUAUCAGAGAUGGCAAAGGCGUUACACCAGACAGUAACACGGAAGAGAUCGGAGACGAGGGACAAUAUAUCAACGAUAACAAAGGCCUUACAACACACAACGAAACGGAAACAAUUGGAGGUUGUGGACAUGAUAUCAAAGAUGACAAAGGCGUUACAUCAGACAGUAUCACGGAAAAGAUGGGAGAUUGUGGAAAAGAUAUCAAAGAUGCCGGAAACGUUACAACAGACAAUGAAACGGAACCGAUUGGAGGUUAUGGACAAGAUAUCAAAGAUGAUAAAGGCAUUACAACAGAGAAUAUCACAGAAGAGAUCGAUGGUGAUGGAAAAUAUAUCAGAGAUGGCAAAAGCGUUACACCACACAGUAACACGGAAGAGAUCGGAGAUGUGGGACAAUAUAUCAAAGAAAACAAAGGCCUUACAACUAACAAUGAAACGGAAACGAUUGGAGGUUGUGGACAAGAUAUCAAAUAUGACAAAGGCGUUAGAAGAGACAGUCUCACGGAAGUGAUGGGAGGUGGUGGAAAACAUAUCAGAGAUGGCAUAGUCGUUACAACAGACAGUACGGAUUUGAACAAAAGACCGGUAUUUGACCAAAACAAGUUCACACAAUUCACGAGAGGUGGAAAGUAUGUCGAAUACUAUGUUUGGCCUGUUGUUUAUCUGCAUGAACACGGUGAUGUGCUUAGCAAGGGUAUUGCUCAAGGCACAGACGACCCAAUAACCAACCUUUAAAACAUGCUAAGUUAGUUGUUGAUCGUUUUAAUCAAGAUGAUAUUUGUAUUAUGAACAUGAAUAAGUUGGUCCUGCAGUGACUAAUUUCGGCUUAUUAAGGUAACAUUUGUCAGAAUUUCUGAACUAAUGCAAACGAUUCAUUAGCAAACGAUUAACACUUAAAGAAUUGUUUUAUUAUGUGAAAUUCGUGUCAAAUUUGUUUAUAAACAGAAUGUUUAACGACGCAAAGCCUAUAAUUCCCUACAAACUGCAAUACAACUCACUUUCUGCAUGAUUGAUCUACUGACGGGGACUUCACACCGAAAGGGAGAGUAUUUCAUUGCAAUAGGCAUUCGGCCAAUUAAACUUAAAAUCUGAUAGACUUAACACAUGUUUAUGAACUUUAUAUAAAAUGUAACCUUUUUAAUAAUAUAUAUUUGCAAUUUAA